CGCCGCGCCGGCUCCGCCAUGCAGCGCCUGGCUCCCGCGCUCCUGGGCCGGCUGGCCCGGGCCCGGCCCUGGGCCCCGGUGCCGCGGCGCGGGGCGGCAGCAGGAGCCAGCAGCGAUGAGGAGCAGUUUGUCUUCCUCGAGUACGAGCCAGAGCUGAGCGAGGCGGCAGCGGCAGCGCCCCGGCGGGACCGGGACCAGGACCGGGACCGGGGCCGGGGCCAGGGCAGGCAGCGGAGGGAGUGGGCGCCGGUGGGGCGGCCCGACCCCUCGGUGCCGCCGAGCGGCGUGAGCUGCUCGGGCUGCGGGGCGGAGCUGCAGUGCCGCGACGGCGCGGCGCCGGGUUUCGUGCCGGCGGAGAAGUACCGGAGCCUGUGCGAGGGCCCGGCGGGCGCGGAGGGGCUGCGGGCCGCCGUCUGCCAGCGCUGCUGGCUGCUGGCCCACCAGGGCCGGGCGCUGCGGCUGGAGCUGCCGCCCGAGCAGCACCGCCGGGUGCUGAGCGCCGCGCUGCGCCGGCCCCCGCGCCACGGCCGCGGCCCGCUCCUCCUCUACCUGCUGGACCUGCUGGAGCUGCCCGACCCGGUGCUGCCCCAGCUGCCGGGGCUGCUGGGCCCCGACGUCCCCGUCGCCGGGCUGCUGGUGGUCGGGAACAAAGUGGACCUGCUGCCCGCCGACGCUCCCGGGCACCUGGGGCGGCUGCGGCAGCGGGUGGCGGCCGCCUGCGCCCGGGCCGGCCUGCGCGGGGCCCCGCUGGUGGACGUGCGGCUGGUCAGCGCCAAGACGGGCUUCGGGCUGGAGGGGCUGGUCAGCCGGCUGCAGCGCUCCUGGAAGUGCGCCGGGGACGUCUACCUGCUGGGUGCCACCAACUCCGGCAAGUCCACGCUCUUCAACAGCCUGCUGCUCUCCGACUACUGCAAGUCCCGUGCGCCCGACAUCAUCGACAGGGCCACCGUCUCGCCCUGGCCAGGAACAACGCUGAACCUGUUGAAGUUUCCAAUUAUUAAUCCUACAUGUGAUAGGAUAUUCCGAAGGCAGGAGAGGCUGAAAGAGGAAGCAACAAAAACAGAAGAUCAGCUGAGCAGUGAAGAAAAAAAGUACCUUAAUCACCUUAAAAAGCAAGGUUACUUAGUGGGAAGAGUGGGAAGAACAUUUCAACAGAAGAAGUCUAGCCCUGUGGUUGACUUUGACCCUGACAUGCUCUCCUACAGCAUCGAUGAAGAUCCCAAACAUUCUCCUGGGCAGCGUGAGGAAAGGAAGGAGUUCACACACAACGAACUGAAGGAUGCUCGCUGGUGUUUUGACACUCCAGGCAUUAUAAAGGAAAACUGUGUUUUAAAUCUCCUGACAGAGAAAGAAGUGAAGCUAGUUUUGCCAACAGUUGCCAUUGUUCCGCGAACCUUCAUUCUCAAGCCAGGAAUGGUCUUGUUUUUAGCAGCCCUGGGACGUGUAGACUAUUUACAGGGAGAAAAACCUGCCUGGUUUUCUGUUGUGGCUUCUAACCUGUUGCCAGUCCACAUUGCCACCCUGAGUAAUGCAGAUGCCAUCUAUGAGAAGCACGCUGGUCAGGAGUUACUAAAGGUUCCCAUGGGUGGGGAAGAGCGAAUGAAAAAGUUCCCCCCACUUGUCCCUCAGGACAUUACACUAAAAGGAAUUGGUACCAGCGAGGCAGUUGCAGAUAUUAAGCUUUCUUCUGCAGGCUGGGUGGCAGUGACAGCUCAUGCAGAAGAGGAAUUGCUGCUCCGAGCCUAUACUCCCAAGGGCACUGCACUGGUGGUGCGAGAGCCUCCCCUUUUGCCCUACAUCAGUGCCAUCAGAGGGUCCCGGAUCGCAGGCACUGCUGCCUAUAGGACCAAAAAGCCUCCCUCACUGGUGGAAAACCUGAAAGCCACAGGGAAGAGAUAGCACCUCUCAUCAUCUGAGCAAGGCAGAAGACACAACAGCCUCUGGAGAUCCUUGUUGCUUAUUGAUAUUCAGGAGAGCUUGGAAUCCUUUUUAAAGGCAGACAGGCACAUUUUUGAAAGCAGGCUAGAGGGGAACUCCACACCUGAGCCAACUGCUGAACUGCAGCCAUUUUGAAUGAGCUGGGUGACCAGUACCUAGCUGUGAGAGGCGGUUCCCUCUUGAAAUACAGGAUGGAAACUCACCUGCUGGCCCUAGGCUGACAUUGCUGCUCACAGGAUAGGUCUUCUCUUGCUGACAUGUUCCUGCAGGUCAGAAAUCACCCCUUGUUCUUGGAGGCUUUAUGGUGCUUCCAAAAUUUGAAGGAGGUGGAGGGAGUGGGGAGGAGCCGGGAAUGCUCCAGUAGGGGCAUGACCCUCCUAGUGGCUGAUAGUAAUUCGACAACAUCGACCAAAAAUCAGGCCUGUUCAGUCCUUCAGCACCUGCAGCAGACAAGGAAGUGCAGCACCCUGCUUUUGUGCACAGGAGAGGUGAAUUAAUGAAAAGCAGGUCUGCUUCUUUGCCUGAAGAGGAAAUUUUUGCGAGUCACUGCUUUGAUUUGGUUUUUGUAGCUUGUGUAAAGGUUUCUGAAACUAAGGGUGUAGAAUAAAACUUUUCAAAGACGCUUA